CGCCUGCAAAGAGAAAAAAAGGAAAAAAUCUGAAGAAGCGUAAAAAGGACGUGGGCAAAAUCACAAGAGCCUUACCUAUAUAAAUUGAAACAGAGAGAGAUCCGUUUCUCCACUUCAUCUUACAAUCUCUCUGCAAACCCUAAAGGCCAAAGCUGUCCUUCAGUUUCUUCUUUCCCUGAAUCGAGAACGCGCCAUCGUUGCCUCUCAUUUGAAGACUAAAAAAAAGAAUGAGGAUUGAUUUGUCUGAGACAGUGCUAUGCGUUUGCGACACGUGUGUCCAGCAUCGCAUUUUAUCCAUAUCCAAUACUCAAGAAACCGAACCCACCAAUGUUACUUUAGUUCAAACUCUUGGUUCCACCUCAGAUGAAAGCUCUUCACCAAUCUGUUCCGGAACAGACCAGCCUCCACUCGCUUCUCCUCCUCCUGUCACCACCACCACCACAUCGGUUAAUCCUGAACCACCAGCGCCGUCUGUUGAUGCUCCUGCCGAUGCAUCCGCCACACCCACAUCUCCAGUUCAAACUUCUCCUGCUGUCAGUUCCGAACAAGCUCAAGCUCUUGGCCCUACCGGUUAUUCAUUGCCAGCUCCUACUACUUCCGAAGCCUCGUCAAGGCAAGCCAACAUUACAAACAUUCUCGGUUCUGGUGCAUCUGCUGCUUCUGUACCAUCUACGUUCGGGCCAAUGCAAGCUCCUAAGUUUGGUUCUGGUUCAUCAUCCUCAACUCCAUCUCCAUUUGAUGCUCCCUCAUCUAAUGGACCCAACACUUACACCUCGCCCUUUAGCUUCUUGCCUGCUCCUCAAUAUUCCGGCAAGACUCUUUCCGCUUUUCCAACACCGUUAUACCCUGUUGGUGGAGUUAGAGAUCCCCCUACUCCUUUUGGACCAACCCUACCAACUAAAGCAUUUUCUGGUCCUUUUGGACCAAUUCUACCAACUAGUAAAGCAUUUUCUGGUCCUAGUCCAUUUUUGGGUAGUGUUGGAACUGAACAAGGUAGUAGGUAUCCUCGUUAUGAACCUACACCAGAUCUUGAUUAUUUUGGAGGUCAGGGCAAGCUGAUUAACUCCAUAUCUGCAUCCAACUCCCAUGGACAUAAGAGUCAUGAAGAACUGAGGUGGGAAGAUUACCAAAAAGGAGACAAAGGGUGGUCUCCUCCUACUCAGAUGAGGACAACUAUUUUUCAACCGCAAGGAUACUUGAAUGGUUUUCCUAUGGGCUACAACCUCCCUACUAGUCUUCAUCAGAGACCUCAGCAUGAACCUGUUGGUGUUUCUUCCCCAGCAUCUGGAUGCACAGCGUGUGGAGCCACGAGUAGCUCCUCUUCUUCUGGUCAAGUGGGAUUUAAUGGUACCACAAAUCCUCCAUCAUCAGCUGCCACAACUCUUCCCGGGUUGUUCUUUUCUACCUCUGGUUCUGUUCCUUUGAUGUUUGGCACACCAAAUCUAGCAGCUUAUGGUGGUACAGCAACAACUCCAGCAGUUCAAGCCUAUGCUAUGAUGUUUGUAAAUCCAACAGUUCAAGCCUAUCCUAUGAUGUUGGGAACACCAAGUCUCGUUGGUCAACAAGGUACAACAACAACUCCAGCGGUUCAGCCUUAUUCGAUGAUGUUUGGGACGCCAAAUUUUGCUGCUCAAGGUACAUCAACAGCUCCAGCAUUUCAGCCCUAUCCUACGAUGUUUGGAACACCUAAUCUCGCUGGUCAAGGUAAAACAACAACGCCAGCAGCUCAGCCUUAUCGUCCGAUGUGUGGAACAUCAAAUCUCGCUGGUCAAGUUACAACAAAAACGCCAGCAGCUCUGCCUUAUCCUAUGAUGUUUGGAACACAUCUUGCUGGUCAAGGUACAUCAACAACUCCACCAAUUCAGCCCUAUCCUGCGAUGUGUGGAACAACAAAUCACGCUGGUCAAGGUACAACAACAACGCCAGCAGCUCAGCCUUAUCCUAUGAUGUUUGGAACACAACAACUUGCUGGUCAAGGUACAACAACAACUCCAGCAGUUCAGCCCUAUGCGAUGAUGUUUGGUGCACCAGAUCUUGGAGCUCAAGGUAUAACUCCAGCAGCUCAGGCCUAUCCCGUUAAUUGUUUAACUUUCCCAUUCGCCGGCUUGAGUCUGCAGUAAUUGCUCCUCGCUCUCUGCAUCAAACUUGUGUCUUUUAUCUUCUUGUUUUUAAGGUCUUUGUUUUUGCUUAAGAGUCAUAAAUCAAAGCUCGUCCAACUUUAUGGUUUUUUUUUCUUAGUAAAGAUUCAGCUAUCAUGGAUGUAAACAAGUGUCGUAAAACAUCAUAGUAUUUUGAGUUUAUUAAUAAAAAGCUCCUUUACAUU